AUGGAAAGUAAGGGAGAUAUCUUGGCACCUACCAACUUGGAAGAGAAUCCCCCGGCUAUAUGCUCCAAACAUGCAACUAAAAUGGUUUCGAACCUUCGGUCCGACCAGAGCACCAAAAUUCUACACAGUAAAACGGACAGUCGAGUUGGUCCACCUUCUCCCGAACAAAUGAUCAAUUAA